AUGGUUGAUGCUUCAUCCCGUGGAUGGCAUAAUGCUAAUGGAAUGCUAAGUAAGGCAACUGUAGAAACCAAAAUACUACCUAAGCUUCUCCAUCAUAGCUCUGGGUUUGGGUGGGAUCCAACCACAAAGAAAUUCACUGCUCCUGAAGAAGUUUGGAAAGACUACUUUAAGUCCCACCCAAAAGACACACGUAUUCAAACAAAAACUUGUGAGGGCUAUGAGGAUCUGCAAAUUGUAAUUAGGAAUGCAAUUGUUAUUGGAAGAAACUCAUUAGGAUUGGGUGAUGAUACUGAUGCAAGAACUUUUAGGGUGGAAGAUAGACAUGUUGGAAUAGAAGACUUUGUUUUUUAUGAUGAAAGUCAGGCUUUUAUGCCAAAUCAUAAUGAACCACCACACCAAGAUCCACCACUCGGACAUUCUUCUUCAUCCUUACCCUUUUAG